UUCAACUUUAUUGAUAAUAUUUCUAUAGUUCGUUAUCGGAAAACGUCUCGGGGAAACCAUAGGGGGAUUACAACUUCAAAGAAAAAUGAAACUAAAUACUCGCAGUCCAGAAUUUGUAAAGCUUAGGGGGACUGCAGCCAUAUUAUAUUUUCGUAAUACGUUUUACGGUCACCAAGUGCCCAUGAAAGUUUGCCGGUAUAAUGAUUUAGGGUGAAACACAAGUAUAAUAAAUAUAAGUUAUAGGAUAGUUAUGUCGUUAAGCCACGAAAAUAGAACGAAACCAUAAUUCUUCAGAGGUCGUUAAAAGAAAUAUUGUUUGGCCGGUAACUUUAUUGAUUAUUAAAUAUAACACGGUGAUAAGACAGCUACAAUUUUCAAUUAACGAAAAGUUAUUUCUGUUAUAAUUCUUAAAUUAUCAGGUGUAUUGAAUGCCAGCGGCUACAGCGCAAUGCCAAAAUAAUUAAUUUAUUUGAGUAUAGAAUUUAGAGAAGCCUUUUCAUACCUAAUUAAGAUUAGCCUACCUAAUUAGACUACUAUUAUCUUAUACACAUCAUUAUCUAAAUAAAAACUUUAUCAAGGUAUGAAAUAAAACAAACAAUUUCUAAGCUACAUAAACUGGUUAGGUUCGUUGACACAAAACUGCGACAGACUGCGGUUGAUAGCAACCACAGACAAGACUAGGGAUGAGAACUGAUUAUUAUAUAAUCAUGCAGUUUCAUACUUCUGUAUAACUACUGUGUUAUUUGAGAGGAAUAUCUUUAAUGUUAACUGUAACGGUGAUGACCAAUGGCUCUAUAUUUUAUAUAAAUUAGAUACAACAAAUAAGGACUGACUUAAUGACUAUUAAGUGAUAAGUUAUUAACAAGCAGUAAUCUAAGUACGUCUCCUUCGUGUAAUAAUUGUAUAGAUAUUGUUUACAAAGUGUGUAUAUGAUAUGUAAAUAGAAUUUUUGUUUUCAAUCUACUUCGACACGUAGGAGAAAGGAGAGAAAUGAGUGUCACCAAAACAAGUUCAUUGAAAACCGUCACAGUUUGUAUUUCGAAACAUUUUUAUAGCGGGUUCUAUUAGGUACUAUGUUGGAUAAAAGUAACAACGUAAUAAAAUAACAACUACAAAUAACUAGUUUACUCACAAAUUCAUGAUCUACCACUUCGACAUCAUUUUGAAUGGGUGGUGCAUGUUCUUUAACAUUAAUCGAAACGUAUUAAUAAAGAUUAAAUAACUAUAAAGAAGGGUUUAAUAGGUUAAAAAAUGCAAACCUGAUAACAUAAUUUAUUGGUUGAUACUCAAGAUAUUCAACAUUUUAAUAUGGAUGCUUACUUUACCACAGAACAUUCUCAAAAUUAUGGCAGCAUCGUAGUACAGAAAAAAAUACAAUUAGGAGUGUAAAGCAUGUGGAGUAAAGUUAAAAGCACCUGACAAACUAUUGAAAACGUUACUUAACUAGAUACCAGCCACGUGACCAAGUUUCAAUAUCUUCAUUGACGGUAUAAAACCUAAUUGCUUAAAAUUGUUAUGCCUCGUUCCUAAUUCUAUGUGUCAAUCGAUUAUAGGGGUCGAUAAGGAAGCGCCAGCAAAACUAAUCGAUUUGAACUAAGAUAAUGACAACAAUUCAAUUCCGCUCUAUGGGCGCAACUAACGUAAUCUAAUCCAAGUCGUUACGUACGUAUCAUAGAGAUGCUUGAACUCGAUUCAUAUGAUUUAUUUAACGGUCUCAACUGUUGUUAACUUGUGACUGACAGUUAUAGUGACAGCUGGAUAAAUAAAAAACAUCUGUUACACAAGUCAAGUGGGGCAGGAGUUUAUCUCGAAACGUUUAACAUCAGAAGCUUUUACAAAAACAUGUCUGCUAAAUAUUGUGCUGUGACAUUUUCCAUUAAGCCUUUUUGCUAGGUUUAAUCCCAAGUUUUUGCUAAAAGGGUGCGUUUGUAACAGCCGGGUUACGCCCCAACGAAUGACAAAUUGCUAUACACGGGCUUUUGAGCAGUCGCCGAAUGCGAGUGAAAAUAAUUUAUGUUCACCAAAAAACAAGAGGGAAUAAUUACCCGGCAACUAUAAAGCAACAAUUAAAGCUUUGUAAAAUAUUAUGAAAGUGCAAAACAGCGGGGGUCAUUGUAUUCUUCUUUUUGCGUAUACAUGCAAAUGUUGUUCAUUUUCUUUCGCGUCCGAAUCUAAUUUUUUAAACCAAAAAUUUGCUCUUACACAGUCUGAUGCGAAUAUUCGCAUAUUUUUACAUAACUGUGUUUCUGAUAACGAUUUUAUUCUAGUAAUUUGUCUAAACAUGACUUUUAUGCGAAGGUGUGUUAUUCUUGGUAUGUAUGACAAUAUAAACUGUGUUGUUGAUACUAAUAUAUAGAUAAUCUAUAUAAACAUUUCAUAUCUGCUGUUGAAUCACACAACGCCUCAAAAAAUGUGUGUCAACAAUCAAUGGGCCGAGACUGCACCAAAACUGGUUUCUCCACAGCUUCGUGAGAACUGUCCAAUAUAUUUUGUUUAACUUUUUCUUCUCAAUGAUUUAAGCUGUUUCCUGUAGCAACAUUGCGUCAAUUAGGUACAUUAGCAUCUUCCCAAUAAUUGGAUGAUGGGUAUAAGAGGAAGCCAUAUAUAAUGCCGUUUUUCUAGUGCAUAAUUUUAAAUAUAAGUAGCUUAAAAACUUGCAGGUCUAUGCCCGUAUGACUUAACUUUCUUAUAGUAAAAUAAGUAAAAAGUAUGUUGCAUAACUGUCAAUAAAACAAAAUGAUAGUAACCGUCUAAUUAGUCACAUAAAUGAGAGCCUGUAGUCUGUAGAACAUUAUACAAUAAGUCUGUUAAUAUUAUCACUAAUGAUACCGUGUUAAAACGACCUAAUUUUUUCGAAUACUGAUAAUACGCCCUGGCAAUAUACUUAAUGGAAACACUCUAGGGAAUAGGAAAACGUAGUUUUAUAAAAGUAGGUCGUCUUUACAUUGAUAUAUUAGAAAUGUUUUCAUUUGAUAAAUAAACCAUUCGUAUUUUGGAACUUAACACAGUUGAAGUAUUCUCUAGAGGCGACUUGUCAAGUAGUCUGUAACAAAUAUGAGUAUAUAAUGUAUUAUUUCUAUUUAAUAGAAGUGUAUCCUUGCCUGUGAGUAAUAAAUAAAUCUAUUUAUAGACAUAAGCCGCAAACAACCUUUAUAACUAAGUAGACAAGUUACGUUGGUGUAUAAAAUUACAAAUGAACAACUGUGAGGAUAUUAUGGACGUUCCAGAUAAAAGGUUCUUUAUUUCCAUUCUGGAUAAUGGAAACACUAAAACCUUAGCUAAAAAUAAGGAACAUAAUUAGUUGUAUAUUAUAUUUGCUUACAAAAAAAAAUAAGAAAAGUUCUGAAGUAAUCUCUCUGUGCAUGAAAAGUAGCUAAUCUUUUUGAAGAAACAAAACGUAUUGAUUAAUUAAAAUCUUUUCUUUUACAACGUAAACAACAGAGCGGCUUUCAAAUGAAUCUUUCAACACAAGACAAGAAAGACGAAGUUCAUCAAGGCUUGUUCCUAUGUAAAGCCUUAGAAUAAAAGCUUCUUUCGUUCCUGACAGACAGCGUAGGCGGUGACAAAAGGAGGUCUUCUAAGCAUUAAUGACUAGAGGCAGGCCUUUGAACAAUGAACAUGACACUAACUACUUGAGACUUGAUGAAAGUUUGAGCUGUCGACUCCUUGCUAUUCGUAAUUAUAAUCCUGCGCCGACGUUCGGGAGCUGUUAACGUCAAAGAUAAUAAGUUUUGAUGAGGUCGUGAAAUUAUUAUGAAGCGUGCGUGAACUGAAAUAACUGACGCACUUGUUAGGUUAUUGAGUUCUGGAGAAAUUAAUUAGCUUAUGGUUAAACAAAUAAGCCAUAGUUCAAGAAUAACAAUGGAAUUGAAAAAUGGCGUGCCACAAAAGAAUAUUUAAGUCUCUCACGCAAUUAAUUAGAACACCAGCUAAUCUCGGACAAAUAGCAAUACAUUAACGUUUGCAGACACAUAAAUCUAAUUCAAUUGAGGCCAGCAUUAAAUAAAUGCGAGGACAACACUCGAGUCCUGGUAUUCGGUGAUUAUAUCCUAGAGUUUCCGGCGGCUGUCAUAAAUACAACGUGUUCGUUACAAGACUUAUGAGUCACGGCACUGAGCUCAAAAGUUACGAUCCAGUGGACGCAGUACUUGCUCUUACGAUUAUAACCAGCUCAGAUGAUGUUAUGUAAACACUAGCUAACACUCAUGUUGAAAUUGAUAUCUAAUAAUAAAGAGGCUAUAUAAAUAAACAGAGCUUUCAAUAAUACACUAUAUUAUGUACCUAUGUAGUAAAGUUAUUUGUUUUAAAGUAACGCUUUGCCAAGGUUCGACAUAAUUAUACGUUUAACACUGACUCCUUAUGUUGUAAGUACUGCUGUAUCUGUUUUAAUAUCCUUUGCAAAUAUAACGUAGACAUUGUAUUUUUUGCGGUUGAGUAUAUUUAUAGAGCGGAAUUGGGUGCUCUGUGAUAUUUACACAGGACCGAGCCAUUUGACCCCGAGACCUUUAAAGAAACUGAAAGAGAGUCAUAGCAUUCGACACUAUGUUACGUCACUGGUUGGUUAUUUAUAAUUCAAAAUACUGUUGAGCCAUAAAAAAGAACACUGACGAGAUACUUUGUCUUUAGCCUCCUUGAAAAAAAACACUGAAAUCAAUAAACUUCUUUAUCAAAGAAACUAAGAAUUCCAUUGUUUAAAUAAAAUACGAUGUAGUCGUAGCACUCGUGGCUAAAAUGUGCAUACUUAUUGAAUUGUAUGAUGAACUAACUAUGAAUCAUCUUCCUCAUUCAUGUGAACAUCUGCAGAACUACUAUUCAAUAUUAUACUUUACAUAGCCAAGUUUAAUAACAUCUUGAGACAUUGAAAUUGAAUUGUGUUAAGUAUGCAGGUUCAAUGACCAAAACAUUAUCAACAUUACAAAAUCUUACUACGCGUAAAAAACAAAAAAAAAAUAUGUUGCGUAUUACCAGGCUAUAAUUAAUCACUAAUGCGUUAGAUGAGCAUUUAAUAAGCGUAAAAUAUCACGUAGAGCGGACUAAUCGAGCGACAUCAAAGGCCUCAAGGCAGUUUAUAUAGAAAAUAAUAAAAAUAAAUUCAAGCAAAAGUAUACAUAUGUAGUUCCAGGUGAUGUAAUCGAGUUUUGACGAGACUUUGUAACUGGAACACAAACAUCAGCCACUACAGAUCAAAAUUACACUUUAUUGACGGAUACUGACAAGAUGUUUAUGAUCAAAAGCUUUCCACGAAGCGCGAGUCGAGUGCGACGUGUACCAAAUAACCAGGUACUGCGUUAGUUAAUGUCAUGACGAGAGAUUUAGGAUGAAAGCAUAUAUUUAUAAGCACUGUGGUAAUUAUUAUUAUAGGAGAAGCAAAAACUUUCGUUCACAUCGUAAAUGCCAGAAAUUGUUUCAAUGUUUAUUUUGGAAAUGAACUGGGAUUUUCGUUAAUGAUAUGAAAGAAAACAACUAAUAAUAACAAGUUACUAACGCAGGUCGGUUAUAAAAGAGCGGUAAUCACCGACCCGACUCUACCAACACAGGACAUUUGAGUAAGGGCAAAUGUCGUCGACUCGGGACGGGGUAUAUUUUUGUACAAAAGGUAAGCUAUUUCCAUGUGACGAUGGAAGGGCUGUCAGCUAAAGGCCAUUAGGUAAUGUGGCACAACACAACGACCGUGAACUUUUGGCUGACAGUGUAAAUGACAGAGGUUGGCUGAGAAUAGCGCAGCGAAAAAUAUUCAGAGAAAUUGAAACUCGAAGCACGUGUGUGGACAUAAUACUGAUUAAACGUAUACUCAAUAUACGAGUGAGCUAUCUACGGUGAACAUUAACGAUGGUAGUGACUUCCAGGUAGACAUUAUCUCAGGUAAACAUUGAUCCAUGUCAACUGAUACCCCCGAUAAUGUCGAAACCUUUUAGUCACUAACAUUGUCAAACCAUAUUCGUUUACGUAACCAAAAAUAUACGUAGUAUCCCAAUAGAAAACGAUAGAAACAACAUGAUCUGAAUAACAAAAAGUCAGAUCAUUGCACCGAAGGUCGUAUCAUUAUUCCAGUUUAACGAUCACGAAUGACUUGCCAUCAUAUUCAAUUCCAGAUUUCACAACUUGGCUCGGAUCGUCGAUUUGUAGACGCCUGAGUUAAUACGUAUAUUAUUAUUUACGUUCUAGUACAGAAAUACCUCGAGUUUUUUUUAUUUACUUUCACUGUUUACGUACGUAUAUCGGUUUUAAACACAAAACAUGUGCGAAAUUAGCAAGCGAUGAAUAUUUAGCAAACUGGUUGGCACCGAAUUGCUGGGAACGAGUUUACAGUCUAGUUUUUACGUUGGUGUAUGUCCUCGAAAAAUAACCGUCAUUACCACGUGGUAUUAUGGAACGAGCCUGGUUUCGCUAUCUAACGUGCCUUUUCCUGUAGUCCUUACAAUGCCGGAUACCAAAAAUGGAAAAAAAAUAAACAAAAAUAUCUCCUUAAAUUUCCGUUGACUUCUUUUUUGUAGCUAUUUUCUUCAUCCUGCCGCCUACAAAAAUAUCAGCUACUAUCUUGAUGACAAAUAACUUCUCGUCACGACUUUAUUUUGGUCACAAUAAUAGUUGCUUGGCCUAGAGAACAAUCCUAACUAAUUGAGACCUAUCUAGUGCCACUUAAAGCCGUUUGCGUACACUUAGCGACACUUGGUGUAGCAAAAUAUAUUGCAUAGAUUGAAUGUCUGGUGAGGUGCCAAUUUACUGAUACAUGCGCUGCGGACUGCGGGCCUCCGCAACCUUGACCGGCGACCGAGUCGUAUAAAUCUCAACCAGCUCUCAAAGGUUUGGCUAUCACUAUUGCAACAAUACCAAAAUGGUCAGCCUAUUUUUUAUCGGUUUAUUUAAUCAAAGUACAAAGAACUUUAGAUUUAUGUCUAUUGUGUCACGUAAUCGAAAUAAGGAAAACACGUUUGAGUUCGUAAUUUGCAUUUCACCUUUCAAGCUACUGAAUAGACACCAUGUAAGGUUUCACAUAGCUAAUACUGUGUCUGAUAGUUUCCGGCGAUAAACUUCAUUCGUAAUUGCUAAACUAGUAAAAAAAUAGUAAUUCAAAUUGAUCACGUACAGCAAUCAGUGCGAGCCUUGGCCUUGGUAGCAAUCAUGAUUAUAACACACAUCCUAUCGUAACUGAGGUUAAAUUACAUCAUAGUAGAGUCAUCCAGCGUAACACUAUUAAACACCCAAGAAUAUAACAGUUCGAAUGAAAAACUUAUUUUGGUGUUAAUUUUGGUUCCGGAGCAAACAGUCUUAACCAACGGUUGAAGCCAUUAAUCGAAAGCUUACUCGCAAUGACUUGAUGUGGCAAUCGAACGCUUUACCCGUUAACAUGUACUGCUAUAGUAUGAAGUGACAACGGUGUAGAUUGAAUAACAAAUCACUCGAACAAUGCAAAUGAGAUGACCCAACAUGAACAAGAAUGCUUGCUACCUAGUAGUACAGUUAAUUAAUGAACCAAUGUUAUUUAAGAUGCACCUGUGGCAUAGGCAGUUGACAGAACCAAUACAAGAAUAGAAGUCUGAACUGCUUUUUUUAUUGUUUUCUUGAGAACACUUAUCUGGACAACAGUUGAGCUUUUUAAUUACAUCUGAAGCAAAAUUUGUCAACAAGCGUUCAUUUACUGUCACGACCCAUUAUGAUUCAUUCAAUUACGAUUUUUGUUACCAUGUACAAUGCUGGUCUGUAAAUCAAAAUUAGGAUACAGAAACCGCACAUCAGUAGUUUCUACAAAUUACUACUAAUGAGGGAUCCUCUGUGUCCAGUAUAUGGUACUUAUUUAAUGUCAUUCUAAAGGUGAUUAAUGGCGAAGAAACUCGUACAGUACGAACUCGUACACAAAGGGCGCACGAAAUUGGUACUAAUUAGUUUCCUCCCUUACCGGUUUGGCUUAAAGAACAUUUCGGAAAAUAUUCUUCAACAUUAUCUGAUGGAGAAUCACGUAUUCUAAGAAUGUGGAUCGGAUGUACCGCGACUACAACAGCAGUCAUAAUUCGAAAUAUGCGUCAUACUUGUAAAAAUGGAGUGUAGUAUACUCAUACGAUCGAGUACGCUUCGUUUGAUAACGGUAUUAUAACGAACCAUAGAUUUUAUUGCGAUAGUCAUGUCGCAUUUCAACCUUAAUGAUGCAUAAUAAGAACUAAUUUUAGUAUAACAAUUGCAAAAGAAAGCGAUAAGAGUGAGUGUCAGUAACGGUGUGACGGCGACCUAAGUACUUUAUAAUCUUCCAGACGAAAAUAGGUAUAUUAGGUAAACCUGUAACAAGUCUAGACCACUAGUCGUUGGAUAAUUAGGCAAGUACUGCUGUGUAAUACCAUAUAAUGCGAUUAGGAGUCGAAAGGUUGGAAGCAUGAUGUUGGUUUCAGAAACCUUUUAGGUGUGGGCGAAUGGCACCUAUUUAAGGAAAAAAUUACCGAAAUCUGUGUAGUAUUGUCAAGUUUUGCAGCAAUGCACGUUACACGUGCCGUCUGAUCAAUACGCCGGUCGGGACGGCGACCGGCUGUCGGCGGCAUGGCGUGUCACCCCUAAACACAGCUGAUUCCACCUAUUCCCCUCAGUCAGUUCGUUCACCCUUCGUCCCGCACCUCUUCCACCCUCCCAAACUUUCGAUCUCGUUAAAACAUAAACAUAUCCUCGGUACCCGGCGAAAUUCAGAUAGGAAAUUACAAAUUUCCUGGCAAUACAAACGCCGGUUUUCGUCAUAAUUAUUUAUGAAAAAAUACGAUCGCGAUGGUUAUGGUGAAAAUAGUUUAUCAUAUCUCAAACGUAAAUUAAUUACUAAGGAAAAAUGUAUUCGCGUAAAGGUGCUGGACCCUCAAAGGAUUCUUCUUACAGAACUGAUACUGAAGUCCACGAUGGAUACACAGAACAACAGCAACAACAGUACACUAAAUACCUGAAGAAGUUAAAAAAUGAUUUCGAUGAGACCUGGUGCAAGAGAGCAAAACUAAACAUGGAUUUCACUGAACUGGAGCGAAUCAAAACCCUAGGUACAGGAGCUUUUGGCAGGGUAGUGUUAUUAAAGCAUUCGAAAAGUUACAAAUUAUACGCAAUGAAGGUAUUAGAAAAAGAAAAGAUAGUGAAAAUGAAACAGGUUGAACAUACGCUCUACGAAAAGCGCAUUCUAGAAGCAAUCAGGUUCCCAUUCACAGUUUGCAUGGAAUUCAGUUUCAAGGACAACAGUUGUAUCUAUUUUAUUAUGCCAUUCGUACCAGGCGGUGAAAUGUUCACCCAUCUACGGCGAAUGGGUAAGUUCGAAGAGCCACUAGCGAAAUUUUAUGCAAGUCAAGUAAUUUUAGCCUUGGAGUACCUGCAUUUUUGUAACCUAGUUUACCGCGACCUAAAGCCAGAAAACAUUUUGAUUGAUAAAUCAGGGUACCUGAAAAUAACAGAUUUUGGAUUUUGUAAGAUAUUGCAAGGUAGAACAUGGACUUUGUGUGGAACGCCGGAAUACUUGGCUCCGGAACUUAUUUUAAGCAAAGGUUACGGGUUUUCGGUAGACUGGUGGUCGUUUGGUGUUUUGCUUUUCGAAAUGAAUGCUGGCUACCCACCUUUCUAUGCUAAUGAUCCUAUGAAGACAUAUGAGAAAAUCGUAAGUGGAAAAUACAGGUGCCCAUCGAGUUUUAACAGUGACUUAAGAGAUCUAAUACGUAACAUUCUCCAAGUCGACAUAAGCCAUCGCUACGGUGUAAUGAAAAAUGGGGUGAUGGAUUACAAAAAUCACAAGUGGUUUAAGGGCAUCGAAUGGGAAUCAAUACUAAACUGUCGAACGCAGCCACCAUUCGUUCCAAAAUACAGGGGACCGGGCGAUACUACGAACUUCGACCGAUAUGAAGAGGAAACUAUAACACCAGCUUCGCACUGCUUAUUUGAAGCAGAGUUUUACGAUUUUUAGUUUCUAAAAAUUAAGUUAUGUGAUCCAUUGUCCCAACAUUAAAUAAGAAUUAUUUGAACAAUAUUCAGACUGUAUUUUUAUUCAUAACGCAUGGUUGUGUGAUAGUUAUUUUUAAUAGUUAUUUAAAAAGGCACAUCCUGACCCAUAAUCUUGUAUCACAUUUGUUCGUUUUGUUGAAAGACGAUUUGAAUUCAUAAUGGGGCACGUGUGAGGGCCCCUCGUGACAUGCGCCCGCGCAGCGCCAGAGAACAGUAAUAACAGCAGGCAAAAGGGCACGCGACGCAUCUAUAUUGAAUUUUCGUGACAAGUUUCGAGUGAGUAUUGUGUAGGGGGACACUUAUAAAAUGCAUUGAUCGUGGCGGUUACAAAACAAGGCACGUUGUAAGACUAUUGUAAAAAUGACGAGAACAACAGCGGCCGAGUUGUGUUGUUCAUCCAACGCAUAAUAUGCUUAAAUUCGUACAUUAACAUUAUUCUUACUGCCUGACAAAAGUCAUAACUGUUCUAUUCUAGUUAAUGUAAGACAAUCGCGUUCAAAAUAUUUCGGGAACAAUAAGAUAUAAACAGAAUAUCUGCACAUGUACAGUAUAGUCAGAACACAUGUCCGGCAUAUUCUGAAAGAGUCGGCUGAAUAGAUAUAGUAUGUGACCUGAAUUUGUGCCAGAACUCUGCCAAGAUUAGCAUGACUGAUGCUGUUAUAGCAACGUAUUUUGACUUUCAUUACAUUCUUCAAUGGAAUAUUUUAGCAAUACGUUAGACAGUGAAGUGUGCAAUUUGCAUACCUACCUUAUAAAUAAAUGUUAUACUAAUUCAAACAAAGUACCUACUUAAUCACUUUUGUGAAUGACUUGUUAUCUAAUAUAUUACAAUUUUACAGUUGAUUCAUACAAAAUCCCAUCUAAAUGCAUAAUCAUAUAAGAAAACUGCAAUUUAUUAUCAUACGUCACAAUAAACAACUAAUGUUUCUCCUGUACUGGUACUGCAUUUGCACAAAAUAUUUAAAAUGAUAAUGUUAAAAACUUCCAAACAAAAAUUUACUUAGUUAACAUAUAUAUUAUAUGAUGUAGCAAGAAUUUCGUCGAAAGUCAAGACAAAGCACACACAAAGCUCAUUUAUCUGCAAAAUAAGUUCUAAACCUGCAUUUAACCCAACGACUUGCAGCUAUUACUCAAUAGCGUUGGCAAAUCGAAGCUCCAAGAAUUACGCACUUACAAUUUUAUGGUACGACACCUCAUAGGGACAAUGGCUUGAAACAAUAGCUUUUCUCCGUGUGAUGGUGGCAAGGGACCAGUGCAACCGACCGGAAAGUGAAGGAAGCGCGGUUCCGUCUCACGAAGAGGACGUGACGUCAGAAAAUAGCCAAGGUUUACCUCUUAAAGGGUUGAUGAUUCACUUAUUAGCAUAGCGAACGUUGCUUGGUAAGACAAAGGUGUAUUAUAUUUUGAGGUUAAUAACGUCAUACUAUUUUCAUUGUCAUUGCUAUGCUUGUGUAAGCAAUUUGGGUAAUCUGGGCAAAUAACACUUUAGUUGUAAACUAUUAUUAGAUAUGUAUGUAUAACGGUUAUGCUUUUAUCAAAAACUGGUAUAACCAAUGAUAUUGCCAAGUUUUAUUCAUGCAAAGGUUCUUGUUCUGAACUCUUCAAAUUAUAUUAUUACGUAAAUAAUUUGAAGAGUUUAGAGUUUAAGUUUAGUGCAGUGCUAAGGUUCAUUGUUAAGUCAUAAGUAAAACGUCAUAUAACUGUUAGUUCUGUACAAAAUGGCCUAAAGUUAACGUCUUUUUAGGUCGAGAAACUGGUGAAUAGGCAUUAUUUUAACAAGAGUACCCCCAUUUAUAUUAUACGAAGCCUUUAGAGGUUGUAGACAAAAGCUCCGAAAGUUCAGCCAAGCCUCCUUCGUAUUCACAAUGGUGGUUCUUACAUAACCAUUGCCUAACAAAAGCCUAGGUUCUACGAUACAAUGUAGUGUUAUCUGAUUUAGACGCGAAGUGUCUAUAACUUCACAAUAUAACCAGUAAUAUUUGUAAAUAUUGUAUUGUAUACCUAGCUUCAUAUCUAAGAGUAUAUUUUAAGAACUAACCUGUUCGUAGUUUCAAUUCACACUUAUAAUUAAAUAUGAAAGUAUGAUGUCUGCCUGUAUGUUACGUUUUCAUGGCCAAACAGCUCUCCCAAAUGCGACACAAUAAGGUUUGGGGAUAUCUCAAACUCGUUAAACUUAUAGGCCCAAUGCAACUAUAACAGAAUUAAAGUCGGCGCCGCGAUCUAAAGCUAUACAAAAAUCACUACACCUUU